CUCCUUUGUGCGCUAUAUUUUCCUUGUCCACUCGUCAGCAAAUAGUGUUUGUCUUUGUCGCAUAAACUGAUUGUUUUUAUUAUUAUCUAUCCAUCUACCUCCCAAUCAUUUUAGUCCUGAAAUCUCUCUGGCGGUAUUCCGACUGCCGCGGAGAAUGGCGACUGUUUGUUGAUCCGCCAGAUCAAUUGACCAUUGCGACCUCCUGCUUGCUUCUUCAGUCCGUCUUUCACGCUGAAAUCGCUAUCAUGAGUACGUUUGACAUACAUUCUCCCCGGUCGUCUUAUGGCGAACCGACGCAGUAUAACACCGCCUCCUACUAUGGCGAACCAUCGCAGCCGCCGCCAACCACCGUGCUGAUGAAUGGCUACCACAAUGCCCUGAACUCGCAACCCGUGGAGAAAUCACCUUACAAUUAUCCGAAGCCCACCAACCCACAAAACUCAACAUUGCGCAAUGCCCACGACCCCGUCGCCAUGUACCUAUUGACCGAGACCGCCAUGACCGACAGCACACACUACGAGAUCUUGUCCUUGGAGGAAGUGGAGGGCUUGAAGAAGGAGCACAAAUUCUUGUCUAGCAGGUUGAACGCUGCCAGGGGGAAUCUGGCCCUGGAAAUGAAGCUCCGCGAUGCGGCCAUGUCGCUUAGCAAACUUUACACCACCAAGAGCUCCCGUGCGAGCGGGGAAUAUGAUCUGGACUCGUCCCCCGAUUCUCGUCGGAGCUUCCUGGGGCCCAACGGCUCCUCCCCGGAUAAGACAGAAGAAGAGCUCGCGCAGAGCACUCGGAAAUGCGAAGAGCUGGCCAAGGAGGUCUGGAAUCUGGAGCAGAGAGUACAGCAAAUCAACAACAGGUUGCUGGAGCAUACAGCUGGGAUCUUGCAGAUGACACAUAAGGGCCUGAAGAAAAACCUGCAAGGCAAUAUAGCCGAUACGCCCGAGACCCUCGCUAGCCCUAAUAUGCAUGGUAGCAUGCACGACUUCGACGAGCGCAGCCUUUACAAACCGAUCGAGGAGAUGGGUGAAGCCUAUGGAUCCGAGGCGCGGAAUGGACGUGGCUUGGGCAGCGCCGGGUUAGAGGCGAUCCAAGACACAGAACGAAAAUUGGAGUAUCUAAGUGGACGGCUACGGAACAUGAUCCUCCAGUCGAACCCAGACAGCGGUCUGGCGCCAAUUCCGCAACCCUCCCCAGGUCAAGACCCAAACUAUCCUACAGCAACGUGCGAAGCACACCUCGCAUACAUCGAAGAAGGGUUAGACAUGCUUGGCUCGAGCGCUUCCGGUGGUCCGUCCCAGACCAGGGGUGUCGACUACGAUCACGAGCAUUUGGAAGAGAUUAACGCGCGAUUGUACAGCGUUGUUCAACAGUCUGGAAUACCGCAUGCUCAAACGUUGCCUCCUCCACCAGACUCAUCUCAAAGCGACGCGGCAGAACACCUCGCCUAUCUCAGUGCGGGAAUUAGUGGGCUUGAAGGACGGAUCGACAAACUGCUUGAACAAAAGAGCAUCCUCACGACACAAAUCCAACAACAGAGGGAACUCAACUCCAAAUCGGACGCGGAGAGAGACGCGCACAUUGCUGAACUAGUCGAACAACUGGCCCAUGUACGCAAAGACCUUGAACUAUCAGAAAGCGAAGGUCAACAGUCGAGGGCUGAGCUAGAGCAGGCCUUGGAACAGCUCAAGGUUCUGCAGCAGGAGCUAGAAGGCCAUAAGGAAGAGCACAAGAUGGAGAAUGUCUCUGGUGCUAUGGCAUCCGAAAAAGAGGCUCGCGCGCACGCUGAAGAGGAAGUCGAACGCCUACAAAGUAUCAUUCAGGACCUCGAGCGCCAAAAGGAAUCGCACGCUGAGGCUCAUGACGCGCGAGCCCGAGCAGAGGACGAACUUGCUCGACUUGAAGCUCAUGUUGAAGAACUCCGGUCUCAGCACACUACUCGCACGGAAGAGCUCACUGCAGCGCACUCCCAGGCCCAGGCCGAAAUCACACGCCUGCAAGGCGUGCUUGACCAGAGUCAAGGUGAAAUCGAUGCCAAAAUUGCAGCCGCUGAGGCGGUCCGUCUCGAACACCUCCAAUCUCAAGCUGAUACCCAUGCCGAAGAGCUUGCUUCAGCCCGCGCACAGGCAGACGGUGAGAUUGCAAAGUUGAAAGAGACCAUCAGUCAACUGCAGAGUGAGGUAGCUUCGAAGGCGGAGGCCGCUCAAGCGCACGAACACACGACACAGCAGAUCUUGCAACUCGAGGAGACCAUGCAACAGAUUCGUAAUGAAUCAGAUGCCCAAUUCAAGGAGGCUACGGAAGCCCGGACACAGGCAGAGACCGAGGUCGCCCGCCUGGAAACUAUAUUGGGUCAACUUCGCGCCGAAGUGGAGCCCCAGCUCAAGGAAGCGGUUGAAGCACGCACGCAGGCGGAAGGUGAGGUCUCACGCCAGGAAACUUUAUUAUACCAGCUUCGAGCGGAUGUGGAGGUGCUCGAGUCGCAGUUUAAACAAGCUACCGAGGCACGCACCACCGCCGAAGCGAACGCCACGCGCUUGCAGGCGGAGUUGACCGAGAUGGAAGGCGAGGUUGUACGCACUCAAACCGAGCUGACAAUGGCGAAGGCCGAGCUUGACGGUGCCUAUGGAUCUCGAGCCCAGCGUGCGGCCGACAUCACGGCCAACCCUGCCAUCCAAAGAGAAUUUGAUGCGCUGAACACCCGAAACCUGGAACUGGCCGAGGAGUUGGCAGCGCUUAAGGCCGGAAAGCCUGGCAGCAGCGACCUGCAGAACCGGGUCGAUGCACUCCAGAAGGAACUGCGCGAGACAGUUGACGAUUAUGAAGCAAUGACGAAGGCUAGUAUCGAGUUCGAGAAAGAACGCGAGAGAUUCGAGAGCGUUAUUGACGCUCUACGGGAUCGUUGCGAGCAGCUCGAGACUCAGCUUAAUGAGGAACGGAUCAGCUGGAUGGGUAGUGGACGCGAUGGCCACUAUGAGAGCACAUCGACGAUGGUGCUGAAGAAUGAGUUCAAGAAGAUGAUGCGGGACACGCGUAUUGAGAACAUGAAAAUCCUGAAAUUGGAACAAGAAGAACGUCGCCGGCUGGAAGCAAUGAUCAGGAAUCUGAAGAAGGAACAAGCCAUUAUGAAUGGCAAGCCUGCCAUCGGCCCGAGUAUACCGACUCAAUGAUCGUCCCUGCCAGAGCCUGCUAUAGCUAUGUGAUGCCAUCCAGGGAGCUCACAACCCACAGGAAGAAAGCUUUUUAGCACGCCAGAUGCAGCCCCUACAACGCCCGUCAGCCAUAUGAGAACGCCGAGGGCACCCUGGCCCGAAUAACCUGAAGCAUUGAUUUCUCGCCGUGAGGCUGAAGACGCAUGUGCUCUCCGGCUGAGUCACCGGUUUGUGUGCACAGGGCACCGGACUUCUAGAUACUGCAUAAGUUGUGGCAGGGCAGGUGGCCAAAUUCAAAAUUCAAGGCUGUAAAUAUAAUAGACAGGUGCUGCAUGAUCAGAUAACAAGCAGUGUGGGGAGGUUGUGUACAUAUGUACCUAUACAGACAUGAUUUUCUUAAUUUCAACGAGACAUUUUCUAUGUGGAUG